GUUCUCCUGUUUGCCGGAGGGGGCGACCCUCUUAGACACGACACCGACCAUGAGGAUGUGUUCCGCCAAGAGAGCACCUUCCACUACCUUUUCGGGGUCCGAGAGCCGGGUUUCAUGGGAUGUUUGGAUCUCGAGUCGGGGGCCGCGACCCUCUUUGCACCGCGCUUGCCGCCAGAGUAUGAGCUUUGGAUGGGCUCGCUUCUCAGCGGGGAGUGCAAAAUCAGCGGCUGUGAGGAGAUGAAAGAGCACUACGGGGUCGAGGAAGUGGUCUACAUGGAUCAGAUUGCGGAGUGGUUUAAAAGCCGCGCGCCCAGCAAAGUCUAUCUGCAGCGCGGGGUGAACUCCGACAGCGGCAACGAGGUCGCCCCCGCGAAGUUCGAGGGCCUUGACGCCUACGAGGUGGACACCGCAGCACUGCAC